UUGCCACAUAUACUCCCAGCGUUACGCGGCCUCCGACAACAAGACAUUGGGCGUCAGCCCUUCUCGACAAAACGCGUUAUUUGAUUCCCUUUGCGACAUACCAGCAUGUUGGCUAAAAAAAUUAAUUAACUGACUGACCACCUCGUGUUAUCCAGCGGUAUAAAAUACUUGUCUGAAGUUGACUUCCCUCACCGCAAUGUCCACCUUUUCCCCUCAAGUCAAUAUCCCCGCGCUGAAGAAAUUUGCCGUCACAGCUGCAGCGAAGCAGCAUCCGGUCAAAGCAACAGGUAGACGGCACCCGCAGGUGCCAACCCCAGUGGUGGCGAGCGUCGAAGACGUCAAAUGGGCUGGAGAAAAGAUGAUUCAAAUUACGUUCGAACGCACCUCCAUACCUCUUGGACCAUAUAUCAUGAUGGCGUAUUUUCCUCGCGGACGCCAGAGGCUAACAACGCAGGCUGUGUUAGGCAUGAUGGCCGCUGUCAGAAAUUCGACCUUGAAGAUCGAGGUGCCCAAAAUCUAUGGGUACAAGGACCUCCUACCCAAUGACAUCGGAGCUGAAGUAGUCCUCAUGGAAAAGAUACCCGGGGAAAAUCUUCAGGAUGUGUGGCCCACCCUUACGCCCGACGAGGAGCUCAAAGUCUGUAGCAAGUUGGCCGACCUGCUGUUGAAGUUGUUCAACACCCGCGGAAACCUUAUUUGCACCGACCUUCUUGGUACAGGCAUCGACACCUCCACGUUCAGUGCCCUCCUACAGGAAGGACAGCAAAACCAGAACCCUAACGGGCUCUCGCCGUUGAUUUUAUCGCGCCCGUUCAACGAGCCACCACUGGAUAGAAUGAUCCCACAAUUUGCACUAUCCACUAACGCUGACUAUCUGACAGCACUAUGCUGGCGCGUUGGACGCCUUUGCGGUAGCACUGAGGAUGUCAUCGCUCGAGCCCGUGACACAGGAUUUGCAGAUAAUCCUCUACUAACAAUAGAAGACAUGGUGCAAGCCAGAGAAACAUUCAGACGGCUGGCCAGCAUAAUCCCACAUCACAUCGGAGGAUUCUACAUCCCAGGAACGCUCUCUCGCGAAGCGAGAGAAGAGGCCUAUUCGAUCCUACAACACAGGAAAUUUGGCGUCUGCCAUGGUGACAUGCAGAUGUACCGUUUCCUCAUCCGGUUCCUGCCAGAUAAAGAUGGGGAACUUCGUACUCCCAGCUCAGAUGUCGAGCUCGUGCUUUGCACGGGGUGGGAACACGCAUUCCGUGCACCACUUUGGUCAUGCGCGCGCAUGCCACUCUGGCUCAUCAGCCGGCCAAUCUUGAACGAGCCCAUUUCCUGGGAUCGCCAAAGACAAUUGCGUAAUCUCAUCUACGACAUGAUGAACGAGCCUAGUAGAAUAGAGAGCGCCCGGGAGUGGAUCAUUUCGCACGUAUACGGACGUACCGAGCGGUGGUUCGAGGGAUGCGUCAGCGCGCAUUGGAUGUACAGUCGGAACAUUGAAGCGAAUUUGGUGGACCUCAAGAAGUAUUGGGAAUUUUGGCGUCCAGACAUCGAGCUCCCGUUCCAGGUGGGAGUGGAGUACACUGGACAACGGCAGGCUCUAUCCCAUGGGUCGGCAGACGAGCCCAUCAUCGCACCUGUCACUGAAGAGCUGGCUAUUCCUCUCCUUUCCGCGAGCCCUCUUGGAAUUUUCCUUGGAAUGGGUAGAUCUUGAAACGCAUGUCAUCUCGAAGCUGACAUUGGAAUGUCUCUUGUUAAAUUGUAUUGUGUGCGAAGGUCAAUGGGUUGUACCUAUGUCGGAUAUCUCCUCACAGAAUCUUUCAUGCACUUCAAUGAAGAUCAUUUUGCACGCGGGCGAGCAAAUACUAGUGCCUUCGUUAGAGAUAGAAGAGACGGUCAAGGUCAAUACAUUAAAGGUCUGGGGCCCUUUACAGACAGGACGUGCCAGUUCGCGACGUAUGCAGACCCCAGGAACUCUGUAUGAGGAAUUUCCACAUACCCGCUUUUGGAUAUUACUAUAUACCUUCACGUCGAAG